AAGAGAAAAAUCUCGUCGCUCACCUUCAUCGCGCAAGAAAAAUCUCCUUCUCUCAUCUCUAUUGAUUAUCAUCGCUCAUCGCCAUAUCGCGCAAGAAAAAUCUCCUUCUCUCAUCUCUAUUGAUUAUCAUCACUCAUCGCCAUCAUCAUCGUUCAAAAAAAAAGAAGAAGAAGAAGAAGGAAGAAGAAGCCUUCUCUUGCGACCACCGGCAGACAAACCCUGCCACUGCGAGCAUCCCGUUUACCCUCUUCCGCCAUGGACCUGCUCUCGCGAAGUUCCGGCAAUCGCCCCUGCUGCUCAUGUAAACCAGCAAGAUGACCCACAGGCACCUCCGCUAGCCACUCGUCGCUGCCCUCAACCUACCGGCGAUCAUCACCCUCUGCUACUCGAUCUCAGAAUUCCAGCGCAGCACCUUCACGAAGCCCGAGGCCCCGUCACGCACUGUCGCGAGUCGAGUCGUGGUACAUCUUGGUGCUACCAGGGUGCGCCAAAUAGGGUGCACUGUGAGCCUCGGUCAAGAUCUCCUUCCUCAGGGCCUCGACAUUCGGCACAACGAGCCUUCCCUUAUACUCCAAGGCACCAUCCGCGCCUCGGUAAAACCCCUCUACGCCCUCGGCAACAACCUUCGCCCUCAAGGAACGGACGAACUCAUCAACAGACUGACCUCUCCGAACCCGAUCUCGGAGCAUGGGCCACACUCUCAUCGACCGAACACCUCCUACUACAGGCAUC